AUGGUCGACAGCGAGCUGCAAAAUGAUUUCGCGAAUGACGGGGACAAUGAUAGUUACUUUGUAUCUACACAAUUCGAGCUGAAGCAGGAGGAAAUCAUGGAGAAGGAGCUUCAGAAGCUACAAACUGGUCAGACUGUAUCACAAUUGCUUCGUUUUAGAAGUGGCAUUUCUGGUCUAACGAGCGUCACUCCAAAACCAGUCAAAGUUUCUAGACCUGGACUUCGCAAAACUGGUAGUAGAAAACUGAAAAAGAACCAGUCCAUGAGUGCCAUGGUGAAAGAACGGUUCAAAACUGAUAAGUACGCAUAUUUUUCCGGAGAUCAGCGUAAGAUAGAUGAAUUUCUACGACGCCUAGAAGGCUCGGAAGACAUUGAAAAUAUGGCUAUGUCCACUCUGGGAAAGGACGGAUCGUGUUUAUUCACCAGAGACGAAUGGAUUUGUAUUGUACAAUCAAUAAAGUUACGCUUUCCCGAGUUAUCGACGACGAAAAAGAAAUCUCUAAGUGCUAUAACCAGACAGAUAAAUAAACAAGAAAAGGAAAAUGAAGAUGAGAAUAGUAUAUGGUCUCAGGCGAGAUCGCUUCCUAGUUUGGAAUUGACAGACGAAGACCUCAAGUGGCUCUAUGAUCUAGAUGACGAGCAGAUGGCUAAUAGAACGAUCACUAGUAGUAUGACUGAAGUUGACGGCAAUGAUGACCAUAGCCCAUUUGUCAUGACUCUUUCUCAGACAACGCCUUCACAGCUAUCACAUAUAAAAGAAAGCGAUUCCUUAUACUCACAGGAAACGAAUGUACAAACAACAGAACCUGCGGAUCAUCAGUCUGGACAUAUGCAACGUUGCCAUAGCCAAACUGCGGAAGGCAAGACACAGAGCAAAAUACUAGAAAUCGAAAUAGUCUCUGAUUCAGAAGAAGAAAUAGAAUCUUUGAUUCGUAACACAGAACCAGACUCACUGGAAGAUGUAUAUGGAGCAAAUGAGGUAUCGUCACAUCAAGUCCCAGCUGUGGACGCGUUGGCGUCAUUCCAGAGCUUUCCAUUUGCUGCAGAUAUGAUUCCGCGUAAUAAUGUCAGAGAUAAGGAACACGAAUCACUUCAUAUAUCAUCCAGUAUACGCUCCUCUCCCGCCCAGUCGCUUACUCAAAGUCAGGUGCCUUCUCUGAUUGACUCUAUAAUUGAACCCCCAUGUGAAAGCCCCAGGAAAAUGUCUCCUAUCAGGGAUACUCAGCCAGAACCUGUCAUUACAUCGCCAUUCAAAACUCCUACUAAGAAAUCAAAAGAGCUUCUUAGCAAAUACAGUUCACCUGUCAAAAAUAGCAUACACAACAAUAUGGGUAGCCCUGUGGCAAUGAUGGUGCCCAGGUCUUCAGAACUGGCCAAGCAUGUCGAGGAAAUCAUUGUUUCCUCCGAUGAAGAAUCUGUGUAUUCGACUGCUAAAUCAGUUUUCCCUUCAGCACAAAUAGUGAUUCUGGAAGUUGAAGAUGAAGAUGAGGAAUUCUACGAGAUUGUAUCGUCUAUUCCCGAAAAGCACAAGCCCACGGCAGCAGCAAAAAAGAGAAAAUUAUUGCAGACUUCGAGGUACGAAGUCGUGAGCAAUUUCAACAUUAAUGAUUACGAUGACGACCAGCGUGGUUUCAAGUUGCGGAAACUUGAAACAAAGCCUAUAAUAAUAGAUUCUGACAACGAGAUUGCAGAUUCUGAAGAAGACGAAAAGAACCUCAGUAUAAUAGAGAUAACCCGGGAGGUAGAAGCUGAGGAGUCGGAACACGAUACAGAAUACCUAAUUAACCUCGGAAAACAGGUAGAAGGAAAUAGUAAGAUGAAUACUUCUGUUUUACAAGUUCCUUCUAGUCCCUCGUCGAUAACGUUCGGAAGGACAGAUAUCCUUAAAGAGCUUGAAGCGUUCAGCAAUUCUGACUUGGACACUGACAGAACUAUCAACAGCAAUACUUCCAAGAAUAGUAAUGCUAUCAAGAGUGGUACAAAUCAAACGAUCGAUUUCACCUUGUUGUCUACCAAGGAAUUACAAGAAAGGUUCAAGAAGUGGGAACUAAAGCCAGUACAAGGACGUCAAAGAAUGGUACUGGUUCUUUCUGAAGUUUCUAAGUUGUUUACUAACUCGUUCAAUGAUCCAGUUCCAGAAACCAGGCAAGGAUUUGAAGGCACAGUAUAUGGAUCGUUGAACCGUCUCGUUGGACUGAAUCAGUAUUGGCACGAGAAGAUCAUAAGCUUCGAACCGUUACGAGUUAGCGAACUACGAGAUUGGAUCUGCACCAAAGGCUACGAGUUGGAGGAAGAUUUUCUCAUGAGGUACUGCGACGACAAUGGAUAUUGCUGUACACGCCAACCGUAA